CUUAAUCAUGAAAAACUGCCAUAAAAAAAAAAGUGAUAUAAUUUGAUGGACAAAUGGCUUACUUGAAGUGACUAAUGUCGUGGCUUCCUGCCUUUUUAAAAUACGUAUGUAAAGGGAUAUCAGUCGGGAAAAGAACUGUUGCAGCGAAAAUGUUCCAUGUUUUCAUCUGCAGACAGCGGUGAACUGGACUCGCCUGCCUCCGAGCAAAACUACUGCAGUCCGGCAGAGCGCUCUGGCUGAACUGUACAGAGGUAGGCUAGCUAACAUUAGACGAGAACCUAAGACAAAUUGCGUGGGGCAGGAGAGCCUGCGCAGAAGCUACCUCUUGUCCUGUCCACAGAUGAAAAUAUUGGAAGUUUUAGUAUGUGAAUCAAACCAUCACUAGCGGAAGGUCAAAUCCAUUCCAGACACCUCUCUUUACACAAAGUUAUCUUGGAGUAUAGCCUACCUACAAAAUGGCUAGCAGGAGGAAGUCAACAACACCUUGCAUGGUCCUGCCUUCUUCUAACGUGAUGGAGGAGCAGGAUGCAGACAUGCAGGUGGAGGAGGGAAAGGAUGGAGCUGAGAGCGCUGCAGAGGGACUUACAGACACCGCUGUGGUCUCCACUGACCCAGAGACAGAGCACGACAUCAGUCAUUCCAGCGGAGAGGACGGUGUCACCUGCACAGGAGUGAAACGCAGCAACCAACCAACCCUGGAGCAGACGCUCAGUGACCUUCUCUCGGAUGGGGGUUACACACAGCAUGAGACGGAAGAGAGCGAUGACCCCGCCUCAGCUGGCAUCUCACUCAGCAAAACCCCCAUCAUGAAGAUGAGGGGUAAAUCGGAACCGAAGAGGAUCGCCGUGUCUCUGAAAGCAGCCGAGGAGAGUGACGGGAUGGGAGAGAGUGAAGGGGAGCAGGAGCCUAUCGAAGCACCUCUGGGACUGGGUUCCCUCACUCCUGUAGAGAAGAUGAGCCCACAUUACACCGAGUCCAUGAAACACAGUGUUCUCCUAAACAUUCCCAAUAUGAUGUCAUCAGAGCACAAGAAAUCCUCUGUCCUCAGCUCCAAUAUGUCUGGACUCCAGCUCCCCCCUGGUCUGGCCCAGGUCCUCUCAGCUCUGCAGGCCCAGCAGAGUGCCCAAGCCCAGCUCCUCAUCCCCGUCAGCAGUAUCCCCUCAUACAACCAAUCCAUGGAUACCAACACAGUCCUGGUCAACACCUACAAGAAGUUCCCGUACCCUUCAGUAUCAGAGAUCAUGGGUCUGUCGGCUCAGACCAAAUUCAGUGAGGAACAGAUAAAGAUCUGGUUCUCUGCCCAGCGUCUGAAGCACGGGGUCAGCUGGACACCCGAGGAGGUGGAGGAGGCUAGGAGAAAGCAGUUCAACGGGACUGUGCACACGGUGCCUCAGACCAUCACUGUUAUCCCGGCCCACCAGCUCUCUGCUGCGGCCAACGGCCUGCAGUCUAUCCUCCAGACCUGUCAGAUAGUAGGGCAGCCAGGCCUGGUUUUUACACAGGUUGGCACGCCUGUGACCACACCCAUCACCUUGACAGUAGCAGGGAUGCCAAGCCACAGCCUGGUCCCCAAGAUGUCCUCCCACCAGACCAGCCCAGCGGUCAGUGAGAUGAAGAGAGCCACCACUGUCCAGCCUCCCUCCCUGACCCCACAGGAGAACUCGGCCCUCAGCGCCGACCACUUUGGAAUGCGGCCUAAGAAGUCCAAGGAGCAGCUGGCGGAGCUGAAAGCCAGCUACCUGAAGAACCACUUCGCCAGCGACGCGGAGAUCGCCAGGCUCAUGAUGCUGACUUGCCUCACAAAAGGGGAGAUCAAGAAGUGGUUCAGCGACACGCGCUACAACCAGCGCAACUCCAAGAACAGCAACGUCAUCGUGUUCCAUGACAGCCAGAGUCCCAGGGGUCACGGCAGCGGCACCACCAUCGUCAUUGACUCCAGCGACGAGACCCCUCAGUCUCCACCGCCCACACCCACACCAUCCGUCAAAGAGAAAGAGCCACGCCCCAAGACCUGGAACUCCUUCCCAGACUUCACAUUGCAGAAGUUCAAGGAGAAGACAGCAGAGCAGCUGGUGGUUCUUGAGGAGAGUUACCAGAAGGGAAGCACUCCGUCUGAUGACGAGCUGACCCGGCUGAGGACGGAGACCAAGCUGACCCGGAGAGAGAUCGACGCCUGGUUCACAGAGAAGAGGAAGGUAGUGGAGGCAGAGUCACCUGAGCUGAAAGCAGAGCGGAUGGAGAGCGAGGCCACCUCGUCUAGAAAAAGAUCCCAGACCCCUCCGUGUGGCCGGCGGCCAAACAGGGGGGACAAGAACAUUGGAAAGAAAACCCCAGAGCAGCUCCACGUUCUGAAGAGUGCCUUUGUCCGUACCCAAUGGCCCUCCACAGAGGAAUAUGACAAGCUGGCAGAGGAGAGCGGGCUGCCCAGGGUCUACGUAGUCAACUGGUUCGGAGAUACCCGGUACUCCUUCAAGAACGGCAACCUCAAGUGGUUCUUCCACUACCAGAGCGGCAACGUGGAGGGACUGAACGGCAACAAAAACAGAAAGAGGAGGAUACGUAACCGAGGCUGGGGGAGGUCUCGGAGCAGGAAGGCUAAGAGGUCAACCAGCACGGAGAAGUCACCACCACUGCCCAUCAUCAAGUUGAAGUCUGGGAAAGACAUUCUGAAGGAGUAUUACCUGAAGCACAAGUUGUUGAAUGAGCAGGACCUGGAUGAGCUUGUGACCAAGUCUAGUAUGGGAUACGAGCAGGUGAGAGAGUGGUUCGCUGAGGUACACAAGAGGGAAGAUAUGGGUGCUGAUCCGUUUGGGGAUGUUGAGGUAAACGAGGACCAGCAGGAAGAGGAAGUGUUGCUGGGUGAGAAUGAGAUGGCACCUGACGAGCAGGAUGACACUGUGGUGGGUGAGGAAGAUGAGGAGGAGGAUGACGACACUGAUGAAAGUGAUUCUUGGGAGCCCUCUCAGGGUGCCAGAAAAACACAGUCAGAGUAAUGAAGGACAGCUGGGCUGUGUUCAUUAGGCACCAAAUGGACUGAAACAGGGAGGGACUACAUGGAAUUGUCCAAUUUAGAAAUGCCCAGUUUCACUUUCUGUUGCAAAACAUUUUGCCAUGGUGUGCCCAAAUGAACACAACAUUGGAUUUAGUCAAACAGCACAAACACAUUUCGCUUUCUCUUACGUAUUUUAAAAGGUACUGUCUGAAUGCAAGACUGAACCAUAAUAUCCCACCAAUACAAACACAAACGAUAUGUGCACCUUUUUACAGUGCUAGAGUAGGGCCAUUAGUCAAUCUAGUCAAGAAUUACAACCAGUACUUUAAAUACCUAAUUUUAUAUGAAUCGGUCAGACAUUAAAAUGCUGAAAUUCAAUUGAUAAUACAAUAUUUGAUAUGAUGAUAAUGAAUGGAAAAUUAACAUUUGUUAAUCUACAGUUAUUUAUGUGCAAUUAAGAGGUCCUUUUUUUAAUGGCUAAUGUCUCUCGUAUAUAUCCCUAUUAUUAUAGAGAUCACAAAGUACUCUAAGUACAUUCAUGGAAUGAAUCAUGUGAAAUCAGAUUAUAUUAUGGGUUCCCAUUGAAAUUGAUUGGAGGAACUGCGGUGCCAAAGUUAACUAUUGAAUGUGGACUCCUGUGCUGUGAAAGACUUAGAAACCAAGGGACUGGAGAGUAGGAGUGCUGAUCUAGGAUCAGUUUAGCCUUUUAGAUUCUAAUGAGUCCAUAGACUGACCCAUGAGCUCGUGUGAAUCCUUAAAGAGAUGGUUGGGGCUAAGGCUUAAGAGGGUGUGAAAUUCUAGCUCUCUGGCAAGUGUGAAAAAAAAACCUUAAAGCUUUUUUUGCAAAACUGGUUAUACAAGAAUAGCAAUUUUUAAAGCUACAUAGCUUUCUCCAACUGUAGUGUAUAAUAUAUCAUUACUAAGCUCUGAGUCUGUACUUUUGUACAAUGUAAAAGAUGACAUACAUACUCUAAGACUCUUUAUGAAUACUGGCCUGGAGGCCCAGUAUGUACAGUACCAGUCAAAAGUUUGGACACACCUACUCAUUCCAGGGUUUUCCUUUAUUUUUUACUAUUUUCUACAUUGUAGAAUAAUAGCGAAGACAUCAAAACUAUGAAAUAACACAUAUGGAAUCAUGUCGUCUCCAAAAAAGUGUUAUAUAUAUUUUGAUUUUAGAUUCUUCAAAGUAGCCAACCAUUGGCUUUGACAGCUUUGCACACUCUUGGCAUUCUCUCAACCAGGUUCAUGAGGUUGUCACCUGGAAUGCCUUUCAAUUAACAGGUGUGCCUUGUUAAAGUAAUUUGUGGAAUUUCUUUCCUUAAUGCGUUUGAGCCUAUCAGUUGUGUUGUGACAAGGUAGGGAGGGUAUACAGAAGAAAAGACUGAGUCCAUAUUAUGUCAAGAACAGCUCAAAUAAGCAAACAGAAGUGACAGUCCAUUACUUUAAGACAUGAAGGUCAGUAAAUCCGGAAAAUUUAAAGAAGUUUUCACGUUUCUUCAAGUGCAGUCGCAAAAACCAUCAAGUGCUAUGAUGAAACUGGCUCUCAUGAGGAUUGCCACAGGAAAGGAAGACCCAGAGUUACCUCUGGUGCAGAGCAUUUGAGUUAACUGCACCUCAGAUUGCAGUCCAAAUAAAUGCUUCACCGAGUUCAAGUAACAGACGCAUCUCAACAUCAACUGUUCAGAGGAGACUGCGUGAAUCAGGCCUUCAUGGUCAAAUUGCUGUGAAGAAACCACUACUGGAGGACACCAUUAUUAAGAAAAAGAGACUUGCUCGUGUUUCCUGGCCCAAGCAAUGGACAUUAGACCUGUGGAAAUCUGUCCUUUGGUCUGUAGGCCAAAUGUGAGAUUUUUGGUUCCAACCGCUGUGUCUUUGUGAGACGCAGAGUAGGUGAAUGGAUGAUCUCUGCAUUGUGUAGUUCCCACCGUGAAGCAUGGAGGAGGAGGUGUAGGGGUGCUUAGCUGAUGACACUCUGUGAUUUAUUUAGAAUUCAAGGCACACUUAACUAGCAUGGCUACCACAGCAUUCUGCAGCGAUGCGCCAUCCCAUCUGGUUUGGGCUUAGUGGGACUAUCAUUUGUUUUUCAACAGGACAAUGACCCAACACACCUACAGGCUGGGCUAUUUGACCGAGAAGGAGAGUGAUGGAGUGCUGCAUCAGAUGACCUGGCCUCCACAAUCACCCGACCUCAACCCAAUUGAGAGGAUUUGGACUGCAGAGUGAAGGAAAAGCAGCCACCAAGUGCUCAGCAUAUGUGGGAACUCUUUCAAGACUGUUGGAAAAGCAUUCCUCAUGAAGCUGGUUGAGAGAAUACCAAGGGAGUGCAAAGCUGUCAAGGCAAAAGGUGGCUACUUUGAAGAAUCUCAAAUAUAACGUAUAUUUUGAUUUGUUUAACACUUUUUUUUUUUUUGGUUACUACAUGAUUCCAUAUGUGUUAUUUCAUAGUUUUAUGUCUUCACUAUUAUUCUACAAUGUAGAAAAUAGUAAAAAAAGAAAGAAAAACCCUUGAAUGAGUGGGUGUGGCCAAACUUUUGACUGGUACUGUAUACUGUGGUGUCUCUGAAGGAAACUGACAGUGUAGCACUUAUUAUUGUGCACUUUGCCCACUACUGUAUUAAAGACAUGCUCCGGAACUUUUGCGACUACCAAGUAUUUUUUUAAACCUCCUGCUUUGGACUGGACGUGUCAGUGUUCAGACCCCCCUCGCAAGGUCUCUGUGUUCUAUGCCAGUGAUGUGAGGUAGUUUACAAUUUAGCUGAACGCUACAUUCUGAACUACUGGCUAAAAUGUAUACAAAAGUUCCGGAGAAUCUCUUUAACAUGUUCUUGUGGGGGGAAACGACUUUGAUUAGGCACCUUAUAUCCCUUUACCCUUUAAUGGCUUUAAGAGACCAAAUCUCUUUCUAUAUGAGCUCUUUUUGAACGCUGUAAAACUAAGUAUUCUGCCUUGUAUUGUCCUCCUCUGAAAUGAUUCUAUUUUCAAGAGGAUGCACCUUAUUGACUUUACCCCUCCCCUUGUGGAUCAAUUCUAAAGUUGGGUGUUGAUAUGACACACAUGAAAAUCAAUGGGCUGUAUGUGGCCUACUGCUUUCUGCACCAACCAACUGGCACAAUGUGGGUCCCUAUUUUAAUCAUGUGAAACUCUGCUGACUUGGAAACGUGUAACGUGAGUUAGAAUUACGUAUAACUUGUAUUGUUUUUAAGACUGCAGUACUUGUAUGUAUGAAGACUAGUGUUGGAGGACUUGAUACAGGGCUGUUUUCAAACAAGUGUUUUUCUAAUGUAUGUUCAGAUGCACGUUUGUUUUGCUUUUAUUUUGAAAACGUUUGCAGACUAUGCUCUCCCCAACUGGCAUUUUAAAUGACAAGUUUUGACAUGUACACAUUAGUAGAGCCAAGACAUUGUUUCUUACCUGUAAGCAAUGUCCUAUAUGCUCUGGUCACUGGGUUCCAGCCUGGCCCGGACCUGAUGAGUUACCAACGGUCUCUCAAACUAUUCUAAACAUGCUUUACCAAGUUCUAGAAUCUCAAUCUAGAAUGUAGUUGAAACAUCACAACAUUUGACAGAAAAAUGGAUGGAACCUUCGGAACCUUUUUGAGGAGACAAAACCUAUGUGCCUGCAUGGCUCAUUCUUUCUGAGCAGGGUUUCAUCAAGACUUGACAACAGAAGAGGAGGAGAAGAUCGUGGAUACCUCAUGCUCAUCAUAAACAUUUCAAAUUGGGCAGCAUGUUAUGCUGUGAAAUCGUUAACGUUUUCAUGCAGGAACAGUUAUUUGUACCAUAGUUAAGAUUUGAGAUCCAUAUAGUGCAUGAAAUAAUCACAUGACUGCAGAUGAAACAGCAUUAUGUGCUUGUAUUAGAAAAGUUGUUUUGAAUGGUUUUAUAAUCUUUAUUUAUGAUUAAUCCUGUCUCUCAACUUCAACUAAUAGCUUGUAUGGCGUUUUACUGUUAAUGUGUAAAAAUAUAUUUUUUGCCCGGUGGCUCUUUGCCUUCUUCAGUUGGCAACUCAAUAUAUCCACAUUGCUCUUUUUUUUGUACAGUAGAUGUGACAUUGUGACCAUAGUACAUGACUGUUUUUAUCCUAGUACAAUAAUUCUUACCUGUCUGUCUUUGCUAUUUCUCAAUAUUUAGAAAGGUGCUUGUUUAGUACUAAUACCCAACAGUUGAAUACAUAACUUUAAUACAUGCUUUAACAGUUUUCCUAUUAGAUUGUGCACACACACAAUAUUUUAACCUGUCUUUUAAUAUACUAUUCUGCUAGCUACAGCUGUAAUGGAUCAUGUCAGUCAGUCUCCUUUCUCCUACUGUAUUUAUUAAGUUAUCUAUGAGAAGAAUGUUUGGCUCAAUGUUUGGUUUCUGGAUACGUUGAGGUGCUUUGGGAAAAGUGAGAGGGUUUAUUUGCAAACGUUAUGGUAAACCAAGGAAUUUUUCAUGUUGAGACAGAGUAGCCUUGGAGCUGAAAACUCAGUGGAAAAAGCUUUAGUCCCCUGAGCCAUAGACUUUGCAAUGCUUUUUAAUUGAAAUCAAACUGUUUUUUUUUCCCGGCUGUGGCUUGAUUUAGACAAAUAUAUAUUUUAUACUUGUUUUGAGGACAAAAUACAAUACAUUUGGACGAAAAGGCGUGUAUUUUGGUGUCUUAUAAAAUAUUUAACUUCAAAA